UUUUAGCGUUAUACGAAAAUCAUAGAACAAAGAAAGCAGGGGAAGAGGCUUUCUUCGAGCACAGAGUGGGGACAUACAAAGAUCUUUAAAGGAAGGCUUUUUUUAAGAGCUCCAGUUUCAUUUGCUUUGCUUCUCAAAGUUGGCAUUGUUUGAUCCCCGUCCCCGCAAGAGCCAUUGCAACAACACGAAGAAAAAUAACUGAAAAAAAAAGAGCUUUUUGCAAAACAUUUUUGUUCUUCUUGUAAUUACGAUUGUUCCUCCCCCCCUUCCCUUCUCUCUUCCUAGGUUCGAUCGGAUCUGAAGCUCUUCUUUAGAGGAACAUAGAGACGCCACCACAACCCACCAAAAGUUGUCACUUUUUCUCUUUGACGUUUUGGUUUAUUUAUCGCUUUUCCAACUGUCAUGAAGGAUUACUUGCUCUGCAUUGCACUUUCCCUUCUCUGAUCAGUAAUCAUUUCACCAGCUAAAUCUCGCAAAGUCAGUGUGUUUAGUUUGGAUUUUGGUGUGACAGUGCUGUGCAAAGUUACUGGAUGGAGACGCCCAUUGAUGGAGUUAAAUUUUUGUCAAAGACUCAGAAUUUGGCCAUAGGCAACAACCAUCGCUCUAGAUCUGGGACUCCUCUCUCCUCUCAUCCUCCAUAUUCGAAACAAACUAAAAGUGAAGUGGCUUCUUCCAUUUCCUAUGCAACUACCAAUAAUCAUGGUAUGAAACCAGCCCACCAUCCAAAUGGCCAUGUGUAUAAUGAAAAGCUUUCGUAUGAGCUAUCUUAUGAUAAUUUGCAGCAUGAAGAAUCGCCCAGUAUGGGGAAACAGUUUGACAACUCAUAUAAGGGGAAAUUCGAAUGUGCAGGCUUCAAUGAUGUUCUCAGUAAAGCAGUUGAAACCUCUUAUUUGGAGAAGGUUUCUGCACUGGGAACAAAAUCUUACAGCAAGAAUCCCAUUACUGAUUUGGAGAAUUGUAAUUCAAGUGGCUUGCUGGAAUCUGAAAAUUAUGCUUUAGGCCCAUGUAAAGGAGGGGCUGCGCAAGUAGACAGCCACUUAACACCUCAAUCCAUAGUAACCUUUUGUCCAAGUCCUCAGAAUAGUCUGUAUUCUGCCAAACAAAGUUUCACAAACACAGAAGUUAGUGAAUGUAUGAGCAGCAUUGAGAAGUUUGGUGAUUGUGUCGAAGUUACUACUUCUUGCGAUUUUUUCGAGAGCAGGAAGACCAGCAUCUUUAGAGGAAGCACUGGCAGUGACAUCAGCGAUGAGAGCAGCUCCAGUAGUUUAAGCAAUGCGAUGUACAAGCCCCACAAGGCAAAUGAUAUAAGAUGGGAAGCCAUUCAGGCCAUUCAAUCUCGUGAUGGGAUGCUGGAAAUGAAACAUUUUAGAUUGUUGAAGGGACUGGGAUGUGGAGAUAUAGGCAGUGUUCAUUUAUCAGAGUUGACUGGGACUAGAACUUAUUUUGCCAUGAAGAUUAUGGAUAAAGCAGCUCUAGCGAGUCGCAAGAAGCUUCUGAGAGCUCAGACAGAAAGAGAGAUACUGCAGUCUCUGGAUCAUCCAUUCCUACCCACCUUGUAUACACAUUUUGAGACAGAGAAGUCCUCUUGCUUAGUAAUGGAGUUCUGCCCUGGUGGAGACCUUCAUGCACUCAGGCAAAGACAACCUGGGAAGUGUUUUCCUGAGCAUGCUGCCAGGUUUUAUGUGGCUGAAGUUCUUCUUGCUCUGGAGUAUUUGCACAUGCUUGGGAUCAUUUACAGAGACCUUAAACCAGAAAAUGUGUUGGUGAGAGAUGAUGGACACAUAAUGCUUUCAGACUUUGACCUCUCUCUAAGAUGUGCUGUCUGCCCAACUCUGGUGAAAUCCUCAAAUUCAAGCAUCCUGACUAAGAAAUCAAGAUACUGCGUGCAACCUGUCUGCAUGGAGCCAACUUGCGUAAUGCAGCCAGAUUGCAUCCAACCGACAUGCUUCACACCACGCUUCUUAUCAAGCAAGCCCAAGAAAGAAAAAAAGAACAAGCCAAAGAAUGAAACAAGUCAUCAAGUAACCCCUCUCCCUGAGCUUGUCGCUGAGCCCACAAAUGCUCGGUCAAUGUCUUUUGUUGGCACACACGAGUACUUGGCACCUGAAAUCAUUAAAGGUGAAGGCCAUGGUAGUGCUGUAGAUUGGUGGACAUUUGGGAUAUUUCUUUAUGAGCUUUUGUUUGGUAAAACCCCCUUCAAGGGAGCAGGGAACAGGGCAACUCUAUUUAAUGUGGUUGGCCAACCGUUAAGAUUUCCAGAGUCACCUACUGUGAGCUUUGCUGCGAGGGACUUGAUCAGGGGUCUACUUGUGAAAGAGCCGCGGCAUCGUCUUGCUUAUAGACGGGGUGCUACAGAAGUUAAACAGCAUCCCUUCUUUCAAAGUGUGAAUUGGGCACUCAUUCGUUGUACCAAUCCACCGGAGGUGCCAAAACAGGGUGUGAUGGACUUUGCUACUAUAACCGAUGUGCCGAAAGCACCUACAACUGAGGUGCCUAGUAUUGAUGUGAAGCCUUCAGGUAAUUAUUUGGAGAUUGAUUUCUUUUGAUUUUUGUAUCCAUUUAUUCUUUCUUUGAACCACUUUCCAUCUUCUCGAUUGUAUUGUGCUUCAAUGGUUUUUUGCCAUUGCAAAAAGUACAAAUUUGUAGUUCCUUGGUUUGGGACUUGUAACUGCUGCUCGGUGCGAGGCACAUGAUAAACAGCAGUUAGGAAAAGCAAAUGCAUUAAGAUGAGAAUUGAAGUUA